AUGUCACCGGCUCAGUGGAGCUCCAGCAUCCUUCCUUACAGAGACAGGGAGACAACAGAGCCAUUUUGACCGCGUUUGGAGUGAGAAGAAGCGGCCGAGCAGUCACAACAACCGAGCAGCCAGUGUUCCAGCAGCGCAGGGAGGAACAGGAGGGAGGGUCGGAGGGUGAAAGACUCGCUCGUCCUCUGCUCGUCCCGUUUUCAUGGAGAGGAGAGGCUGUUAGCUGGGGGCAGAGCCAGACCCGGAGGAGACCAGAGGAGGUGGAAGGAUAUUAAAAACCAAGACAAGCACGACAAACACGGUUUGUGCAUAGGAGCAGGACGCGUCUGGCCCUGCGGAGACCUGAAGAAGGCACCCCGAGGUGCUAGGAAGACAGCACCAUGGCAGGGGCCUCUGUGAAGGUGGCGGUGCGUGUCCGCCCCUUCAAUUCAAGGGAGAUCGGAAAAGAUAGCAAAUGCAUCAUUCAGAUGACUGGAAACACCACCACCAUCAUCAACCCCAAGCAGGCCAAAGACAACAAGAGCUUCAACUUUGAUUACUCCUACUGGUCCCACACCACGCCCGAGGAUGCCAACUAUGCCUCUCAGAUGCUGGUGUACAAAGACAUCGGAGAGGAGAUGCUGCUGCACGCCUUUGAGGGCUACAACGUCUGCAUAUUUGCUUACGGUCAGACGGGUGCUGGAAAGUCCUACACCAUGAUGGGGAAACAGGAUGUCAAGGAUCAACAAGGAAUCAUCCCCCUGCUGUGUGAAGAUCUUUUUACAAAAAUCAAUGACAACAUGGACAACAGCAUGUCUUACUCUGUGGAGGUAAGCUACAUGGAAAUCUACUGUGAGCGUGUGCGGGACUUACUGAAUCCUAAAAACAAAGGGAACCUCCGUGUACGAGAGCAUCCUCUGAUGGGACCUUAUGUGGAGGAUCUGUCUAAGCUGGCUGUCACCUCCUACAACGACAUCUCAGACCUGAUGGACUCUGGAAACAAGGCCAGGACUGUGGCUGCCACCAACAUGAACGAGACAAGCAGUCGUUCGCACGCCGUGUUCAACAUCAUAUUCACUCAGAAACGCCACGAUGCUGAGAGUGAUAACACCUCUGAGAAGGUUAGCAAAAUAAGUUUGGUAGAUUUGGCCGGCAGUGAGAGGGCAGAUUCGACUGGAGCUAAAGGCACCAGACUCAAGGAAGGAGCAAACAUCAACAAAUCUCUAACCACACUGGGGAAAGUCAUCUCUGCUCUUGCAGAAGUGGACUCGGGGUCAAAUAAGAAUAAAAAGAAGAAGAAAGUGGAAAGCCACAUCCCCUAUAGAGAUUCAGUCUUGACCUGGCUGCUCAGAGAAAAUCUGGGGGGUAAUUCUCGUACUGCGAUGGUAGCUGCACUCAGUCCAGCAGACAUCAACUAUGAUGAGACCCUCAGCACACUCAGGUACGCAGACAGAGCCAAACAGAUUCGCUGUAACGCCGUGAUCAAUGAGGAUCCCAACAACCGAUUAGUGCGGGAGCUGAAGGAGGAGGUGUCCCGUCUGAAAGAGCUCCUCUACGCCCAGGGCCUGGGUGACAUCAUUGAGAUGACCAAUGCAAUGACGGGGAUGAGUCCCUCUCCGUCUCUCUCAGCCCUGUCCAGCCGAGUCGGAUCCAUCGCCAGCCUGCACGACCGCAUCAUGUUCAGCCCUGGCAGCGAGGAGGCCAUCGAGAGGCUGAAGGAAACAGAGAAAAUAAUUGCUGAGCUCAAUGAGACCUGGGAGGAGAAACUUCGCAGAACAGAAGCAAUUAGAAUGGAAAGAGAGGCCUUGCUGGCUGAAAUGGGUGUAGCAAUGCGAGAAGAUGGUGGGACUGUUGGUGUUUUCUCUCCUAAGAAGACGCCUCAUCUGGUGAACCUGAACGAGGAUCCUCUGAUGUCUGAAUGUCUGCUGUACUACAUUAAAGAUGGAAUAACCAGGGUGGGUCGUUUGGACGCCAGCAGUCGUCAGGACAUCGUCCUCAGCGGCCACUUCAUCAAAGAUGAGCACUGCACUUUUACCAGCUCUACUGGUCCACUAGGAGAGACUGUCGUCCUGGAGCCGUGUGAAGGAGCAGAGACGUAUGUGAACGGAAAGAGAGUGACGGAGGCCACUGUCCUGAAAUCAGGCAAUCGCAUCAUCCUGGGAAAGAGCCAUGUGUUCCGGUUCAACCACCCGGUGCAGGCGAGAGCAGAGAGGGAGAGGACCCCAUGUGCUGAAACUCCCUCUGAGCCUGUGGACUGGGCCUUCGCUCAGAGGGAGCUGCUGGAUAAACAGGGCAUCGACAUGAAACAGGAAAUGGAAUCAAGGCUGCAGGAGUUGGAGGACCAGUAUCGCAAAGAAAGGGAGGAGGCCAACAACCUUCUGGAGCAGCAGAGACUGGAUUAUGAGAGUAAGCUUGAGGCCCUUCAGAAGCAAGUGGACCGUUACUAUCCAGAAGCCACUGAAGAAGAGGAGGAGCCAGAGGAGGAAGUGCAAUGGACAGAGAGGGAGAGAGAGAUGGCUGUGUGGAGCUUUCGUAAGUGGCGGAGCUACCAGUUCACCUCUCUGCGUGAUCUGUUGUGGGGGAACGCCAUCUUCCUCAAGGAGGCUAACGCCAUCAGUGUGGAACUCAAGAAGAAGGUCCAGUUCCAGUUCACCCUGCUCACAGACACCCUGUACUCCCCACUGCCUCCAGACCUGCUGCCCGCGGAGGUCACCAAAGACAGAGAUAUGCGACACUUCCCGCGCACCAUUGUGGCCGUGGAGGUGCAGGAUCAGAAAAAUGGAGCCACUCACUACUGGACAUUAGAAAAGCUAAGGCAGAGGCUCGAUCUCAUGAGAGACAUGUAUGACCGCGCUGCUGAUGUGCCCAACAACACCUCUGAAGACUGUGAAAAUGUGAUGACGGGUGGAGACCCCUUUUACGACCGCUUCCCCUGGUUCCGUCUGGUUGGCAGAGCUUUUGUUUAUCUGAGUAACCUGCUGUAUCCGGUUCCUCUCGUCCACCGUGUCGCGAUCGUCAGUGAAAAAGGAGAGGUGAAGGGCUUCCUCAGAGUGGCGGUGCAGGCUAUAUCAGCGGAUGAGGAAGCUCCUGACUACGGCUCAGGAGUGAGGCAGUCCGGCACUGCCAAGAUCUCAUUUGAGGAUCAGCAAUAUGAAAAGUUCCAGUCUGAGACAACUUGUGUAGGUCUGUCUCGUACGGGGGUCUCCCAGGAGGAGCUCCGUAUCGUGGAGGGUGAGGGGCAGAGUGCAGAAAUGGGACCCUCAGCUGAUGAGGUCAACAACAACACAUCCGGCGCAGACGAGCCGGAGAAUCCUCUGAAGGCCGCUCUGGACGGUGCGACUGAGACCGCUCUGGAGCAUCUGAAGCUCGGUAAUAUAUUCACCUUCAGGGUGACCGUCCUGCAGGCGUCCAGCAUCUCUGCAGAAUAUGCUGAUAUCUUCUGCCAGUUCAACUUCAUCCAUCGCCAUGAUGAGGCCUUCUCUACUGAGCCUCUAAAAAACACCGGCCGGGGCCCCCCUCUCGGCUUCUACCACGUGCAGAAUAUUGCUGUUGAUGUUACAAAGUCCUUUGUUGACUACAUCAAGACUCAGCCCAUCGUGUUUGAGGUGUUCGGACACUAUCAGAAACAGCCGUUUCUUCCUCUUUGCAAAGAUGUCUUGAGUCCACUUCGUCCCUGCAGAAGACAGUUCCCUCGAGUGAUGCCUCUGUCCAAACCAGUACCUGCCACCAAGCUGACAGCCAUGACCCGCCCCCAGGCCGGACCCUGCCACUGCAAAUACGAUCUCAUGGUGUUCUUUGAGAUCUGUGAGCUGGAGGCCAAUGGAGACUACAUCCCUGCAGUGGUGGACCACAGAGGAGGAAUGCCUUGCCAUGGCAUGUUCCUACUGCACCAGGGUCUCCAGAGGAGAAUCACAGUCACCAUCGUCCACGAGUCAGGAGGAGACAUGGAGUGGAGGGACAUCCGUGAGCUCGUUGUUGGACGUCUCAGAAACACUCCUGAAGCAGACGACACCAUCAUCGACCCCAAUAUUCUCUCUCUCAACAUCCUGUCUGCUGGGUAUGUCAGACCCUUGCAGGAUGACCGACAGUUUCUUGAUUCGGACAUGCCUAGGACUUUCUACCGCUUCGAGGCUGCCUGGGAUAGCUCCAUGCACAACUCCCUGCUGCUUAACCGAGUCACUCCGUACGGGGAGAAGAUCUUCAUGACCCUCUCUGCCUACUUGGAGAUGGAGAACUGCACUCAGCCUGCAGUCAUAACCAAAGAUAUCUGCAUGGUGUUUUACUCUCGAGACACAAAGCUCUCAGCCUCGCGCUCCAUCCGCAACCUCUUUGGUACUGGAAGCCUCAGAGCGGCAGAUGGAAACCGUGUGACUGGAGUGUACGAGGUCAGUCUGUGUAACCUGGCAGACGCGGGCAGCCCAGGUAUGCAGAGGAGACGCAGGCGGGUGCUGGACACCUCAGUGGCCUACGUCCGUGGAGAGGAGAACCUGGCCGGGUGGAGGCCCAGGAGUGACAGCCUCAUUCUGGAUCACCAGUGGGAGCUAGAGAAACUCAGCCUCCUACAAGAUGUGGAGAAGACCAAACAUUAUCUCCUGCUGAGGGAGAAACUGGAGUCCACGCUGCUCAUGAGCCAGGAGACCCUGCUGACUUGUGUCACUGAGGAGCUGAGCGAGUCUCCUCAGCCCCACGAGGUCGAGCAGGAGGUCAGCUCCGGCACCGAAAUCACCACCGAGAGGCAGAGAGAGCUCGCUGCUAAGUGUUUGCGGCUGCUCACUCACUCCUUUAACCGAGACUACAGUCAUGUGUGUAUCAGCGCCAGUGAAAGCAAGAUUUCAGAGAUGUCAGUCACAACGCUAAGAGACUCCACUUCAAUUUCAGCUCUUAACACAAUCAUACCCUCCACGACAUGCCCGUCACUUGUUGAGGGUUGCUACAGCAAUGCUGAACUCAGACCCCCUAUGCCUCGCUCUCAUGCUGUCAGUCCCAUCCCUGAAAAACAGCAGGAAGCAGAAGCUAAGAAGUCCGUCAACGGAGCCUCUGACGCCAAACCCAGGAUCCGCAGAUUUGUCCCAGAUAUUCAGGAGAUUAGAGUCAGCCCCAUUGUGUCAAAGAAGGGUUACAUACAUUUCUUGGAGCCACACACAAACGGAUGGGUGAAGCGCUAUGUGGUUGUGCGGCGGCCGUACGUCUACAUCUACAACACAGAGAGAGACACGGUGGAGCGGGCCAUCCUCAACCUCUCCUCUGCCCAGGUGGAGUACAGUGAGGACCAGCAGGCAAUGCUGAAGACCCCGAACACAUUUGCCGUGUGUACAGAGCAUCGUGGAAUACUGCUUCAAGCCACAAACGACAAAGAGAUGCAUGACUGGCUGUACGCGUUUAAUCCUCUCCUCGCUGGAACGAUCAGGUCAAAGCUGUCGAGAAGACGAGCCGGGCAGAUGAGGAUGUGAAACAAAGACUAAGAUGUACAUAGAUCCCUGUCCUUAUCCCUCCCCAUGUGCUGAGCCCCAUCCCUCUAAACACAGUCACAAACAACCAUCUUCCCCUGUACGUCCUCAGUUUAUCACUAGUGUCCUCGGCACCUAAAGCGCCCAUUUCGUGUCAGACCUUUGCUGCGGUGUGAGUCUCGUAGUCUGAAGAACCUCUUCUGUCACUGUACUGUACUGGAGUUUAAUCAUAGCUGGACGAAGGAAGAAAAAGAAGAAAGUAGCAUCAGUUUCUUAACUCUGAUUACAAAACGUGUGGUACUGUACUGUAGUUGUUGUAAGUGACACAUCAAGCCUUAUACAUUUAUUCCUUAAAAAAAUGCAGUGACAUUUAUUUUGACCUAAAGCUGCCAUGUCAGUGGGGAUCACACUGCUACAUUUGCAUCAGUAAAUAGACGAACAUGCAAAUUCUUCUCUACUCUACUCUACAGCUAUAUAUACAGUGUCUAAACUGGUUUGCAUACAGCUAAAAAUACAUGCUCGUAGAUUUAAAAAAAAAAAGACAGCUGAGUGUAACUCUUUAGAAUAAUCUCUUUUCUUUGUGGUCCAUAAAUCCUGACAUUGAGUAAUCUGCCUCUUGUUCCUAAAACUUCUUAGAAACUUUAGCACACACAGCCUGGCAAAGGGAAUGGCGUUAUCAUCAUAGACUUCAUGUUCUUGUGGCAUUUUGAUCAUUUCAUGUAGUUUUAGCGACUCGUAGGAGCACCAAGGGUAUCUGCAUUCGCACACACUAGGUAAUCAAGUAUCAUCACCCUUAAUCCUGUCGAUUUAAUCUCAAUCUCUACAUGAAUUUCCUUUAAAAUGUGAUAUAUUUAGAUAUUUAACAGCUUUUAUUAUUUAUUUCUGCAUGUAUUUAUUUACAAAGACAUUUAUAUUUCUAAAAAAGUAGUACCGUGCAAUUUCUGCACACUGCACUUUUUAAUAUGAGUUCCAUAAAUAUCUGAAUAAUACAACCGUGUCCCCUCGUAGUCUAUGCUAUUUAAACGAUGUAAUGAUUUAUGAUUGGCUGCUUUCUUUGUGCUGAAGAUUACUUGAAUAAACCUAUCCCCUUUAAGAGUAGGAUAGUGAGACCUAACCAUUGCCCCUACUAACACACAUCAUUAGGUAGAGAAUACUAAGGUGGUUUGCACAAAGUUAAGGGAUCAAAAGUUGAAACUUUUCUCACAGUACAGAAGAAGAAACUGUUUUUCUGAAUGCUAUGUAUAUUGAUUAUUGUAGUGCCUCUCUUUUCAGUCAUACUGUACAGUAUGCCUCUGCACCAGUUGCUUUGAAACAACAUCCUUCAUGCUGCUAUCAUACUUUCUGGAAGUGUCUGCAGAUCAUUUCUCAUCACCUUCCUGAUUUUAUAAUCAUCACCAACAUAUUCAGAUGUGAAAGGUAUUAAAUUAUGUUCAAAUCUAACACACACAUGAAGCGUUCUCUAUGCUUGAGUCAUAAAACAUGUGAACUUCAUGUUGACACAUUAGGAUACCCUACACUUACAUAGUUAAGGAUUGCCAGAGAGCAAAAUAAUGUCUUGCUUUGAACUGAAAAGAUUUAAAAGUGAAGGUUAAGGUUACACGGCUGUCCAUAUGAAAAUAAUCUGUGUAUUUUGUACAGCAUUUCAUUCAAUUAAGCUCUGAUCUGUAAAGUAAGUGUCUUUAAAAAGUAGGGAUGAAUAAAGCUUGUGAGAUGUUGUGUUAAACCUGUGAGUUUGAUGAACGAACAUGCCUCAGGUCAGCCAGCCUUGAGAGUUCCACUUACAGACAGGUGCAUGCACGACAUCUCCAAGCAUUAAAGUGUUGCACAGAGCAAAAAUAAUGUGUUUUUAUUCAUUUGAUGUAAUACCACGUCAAAUUUAGAAACAUCAAUUCAGCAGGUUUUGUCAUUAAUGCUGCAGCUGCGUUUAUCCUGUUAUUUGAAAGUAUUCUGUGUUUUGGACUCCUAUCCAGAAGGCAAACAGCAGAUCUGUGUGCAGCUGUUGCUAGACUGUAUAACUGGAUGAAUAAUUAAUAUCAUGAUCAAAGUCUGCCUCAGACUUUCUCAGCAGAGCUUCAGUUAUGUUUGAUCCAGCUAUUGCGUCAUAUUUGAAGGAAUACCAUGUUGUACUGUACAUGACACUGUCUCAGCACUCGUUUCAUUUCAAACCCAGUCUUCAAAUGUGAGACAGGAUCUUUGUGUUGGGAUUGUUCCUCUUGUCUUCUUUGGGCCUUUAUAUGUGCGUCACGUUUGAGCCAACCAAAGUUUUGUUGGCAUAGUCACAAAUAAUCACACUGAAUGUACACUGAUAUUUGGAAAUACUUGUUCUACCGGAGCGGUUGUGUUGAUUUGUCCUCUGGUUUCACAGUGUGGUUCCUUAAUGAUUGUAGGUCAGUGAUUAUCAGGGAACCAAAAGGAACUUAAAGAAUAUAUCUGUAUCAAUCUGUAAUAAAGGGGUUGGCUCAUUUUGGCCCUGCUAGGCAUCGUGUCAAGCACAGAGUGAUGCUGUAGGUUACAUAUCUCACAAACUCCACUUUCAUUUCAGUAUCUACCUUCACCAUCAUGCUCUGAAAGCCUUCACAAAAUGUACUUUUUCUAAUCCCUUUGAAGAAAUAUCAUUUACACUUUUGUGCUUCCAUAUCUAACCUUCUUUUUCUUUCUUUUCGUUUUUGUUUUGCACUAUCAAAUUGCACCGGUACAUUUUUCUUUCUUUUUCAAGUUAUUUUGCAUUGUAUAUAAACAUGAUUGCUGUGAACAGUGUAUUAUAAAGUUGCACCCAUUUGCAAAAUCUGAAAUGGGCAGUAGUUCAGUCGGUGUCUCUGAGUGUUGGAGUUAAGCGUCAAAUGUUUGUGUACACUAAACACAUUGUCAUAUAAGAAAUAAACAUUGAGAUUAUGCAACACAAAGAAA